CAGACACCUAAACCUACACUAAUUUUUUUUUAUCUACUAGAUAAGAGAAAAGAACAAACUAACUAACUUAACUCAACUAACUUCUCUCUUCCACCUCACGCAUUUCAUCAUAACUUAUCACAUCAACAACUAUUCCUUUUUCCUCUACCUAUUCAUUUCUUUCAAAUCGCAAAUUCUCCACCAUGGCUGCGUCAAUUCAAACCGUCUCGGAGAGCAAAGAGUUGCGCGGGCUCAAUUUAAUCGCCGCUCAUUCUCAUAUUCGCGGUUUAGGUGUUGACCCAGAUAGUCUUGAACCCCGCGCAUCCUCCCAGGGACUGGUAGGUCAGGAAAAGGCGCGUAAAGCUGCUGCCGUCAUUUUACAAAUGGUCAAGGAAGGGAAGAUAGCAGGUCGAGCAGUUUUGAUUGCAGGUCCUCCGAGUACUGGAAAGACGGCAAUAGCAAUGGGAAUGGCACAAUCUCUGGGCUCGGAUGUACCAUUUACCAUGUUAGCUUCUUCAGAAAUCUUCUCCCUGGAAAUGUCAAAAACUGAAGCCCUUACUCAAGCCUUCCGAAAAUCGAUCGGCGUGCGCAUAAAGGAGGAGAGUGAAAUGAUUGAAGGAGAGGUCGUUGAGAUCCAGACCGACAGGAGUGUAACGGGUGGUACGAAGCAGGGGAAACUAACUAUCAAAACCACAGACAUGGAGACGAUAUACGACAUGGGAAGCAAGAUGAUCGAUUCCAUGACAAAGGAGCGCGUCAUGGCGGGUGAUAUUAUUUCAAUUGACAAAUCCUCGGGCAAAAUUACCAAGCUGGGGCGAUCGUACGCGAAAUCAAGAGACUACGAUGCAAUGGGUGUAGAUACAAAGUUCUUGCAGUGCCCUGACGGAGAGCUGCAAAAGCGCAAAGAGGUUGUCCACACUGUGAGUUUACACGAGAUCGAUGUCAUCAAUUCGAGAACGCAAGGUUUCUUAGCUCUCUUUUCCGGAGAUACUGGAGAAAUCAGAAGCGAGGUUCGAGAUCAGAUCAACACAAAGGUUGCAGAAUGGAAAGAAGAAGGAAAAGCCGAAAUCGUGCCUGGCGUUCUUUUCAUCGAUGAAGUCCACAUGCUGGAUAUCGAAUGCUUUUCGUAUAUCAAUCGCGCGUUGGAAGAUGAGCUCGCACCAAUCGUCAUAAUGGCAAGCAACCGCGGAAAUUCUAGAAUUCGAGGCACCAAUUAUAAAAGUCCCCAUGGAUUACCUCUUGAUUUCUUGGAUCGGGUCGUCAUUGUUAGCACUCAUCCAUACGCCAAGGAAGAGAUUCAGCAGAUCCUCUCCAUUCGUGCACAGGAGGAGGAAGUCGAUGUUUCCCCCGAUGCACUGGCUUUACUUACUAAAAUCGGACAAGAAACUGGUAUCAGAUAUGCCAGCAACCUCAUUACCACAUCACAACUUAUUUGUGCCAAGCGAAAGGCCAAGCAAAUUGGUAUCGAAGAUGUUCAACGGAGCUUCACUCUCUUCUUUGACUCUGCACGUAGCGUCAAAUUUGUUACAGACUUUGAAAAACGUCUCAUUGGGGAGGAGGGAAGUGUGAAUUUGUCAGUGACCAAUGGUCAUGGCGAUGCAAUGGAACUUUCAUGAAUGACGAAGGGCUUGAAGGGUUCUAGGUAUGAUCAUUUGGCGUUGGUUGUUCCUAUUUGCUAUGGCAAGGAAAGCAUAUAGUUGAACUUUAUGUUGUAUAUUAGGGCUGACUAAAAGUGGGCGCAAUAACGGAGAUGUAAUGGACUGGGCAAAUUUCCUUUAGCUGAGAUAUAGUGCAAUACACUAAUCCUAUGGUAUGUGAAU